UAAUACUGUGGAAUAUUCAUAUAAACUGGUGUUAAAGCUGAUAUGCAAAGCAUAUUCAUUCAGUGGACGGCUUAGAAUCUCAUCAGUGGAAUUUGUUGGUGCAAUAUGGAUAAAGUAACUUGCAUAGUCUUCUUUGUGGUAGCUGUGAGCUUGGGUAGUAUUGAAGCAGAUGAUGACAAGAAAUCCAUGCCUAAGUUGAGCCUGGAUCAGAUCACAAUUGAUUGCGCUGAGAAGUUUGAUGUCUCUGAAGAACAAUUUUCUAAAGCUAUAAUGUCCUUUGAUGCAAGUGGAAUCGCCCCAUGUUUUUGGAGUUGCUGCUUCAAGAAAGUUGAUGUUCUUAAUAGCGAAGGUAAAUACGACGUUGAUGCUACACUGGAAUUGCUUAAGAACAUGUUUUUCUCGAAAGAUGACUCCGAAAAAAUUGUAGAAAUUGUAAAAAAAUGUGAAUCAGUAAACGACGAAUCGGUAAGCGAUGGAGACGCUGCGUGUGAAAGAGCCUUUUUAAUAACAAAUUGUUGGUUCGAAAACGGCAAGAAAGCAUUCCCAAUGCCGUUCCAAAAACGAUAGAUUCUUAAAUGUUUUCACGAAAUAAUGAACGAUAAAAGAUAUAUACUAAUAAAAUAUACUGCAUUACAAAUAUUAUUAUUAUU